UGCAUCACAGUCUCGGAUAUGUACGUUUGGCGUUCGUCUGUUUGAAGCUUUCUGUUAUGUGCAUGUGUAUUUUUUAUCACCAUGAUUCCAACAAUAAAUGAACUCAAGAAACUUAAAGUAGUUGACUUAAGAGAAAAGCUAAGUUCUUUCGGACUUUCGACUUCAGGUCUGAAGCCAGAAUUAGUCGCAAGAUUACAUAGCUACUAUGAACAUGAAGAAGAGCAGAACAAAGAAAGUGUAGAGGAACCACCAGUUGACACUGUUCCAAGUAGUGAAGGAUCUGGUGAAAGAAAGGGAUUAGAGGGUGACGAAGCAUUGCAGUCAGAAGAGGCUCUCAAGCUCAUUGAAAGUGAACAGAAAAGAAUUUUAGAGCAACAAAAAGAACUGUUAGCACAGCGUAAACAACAACAGCUUGAAGAUGAGAAACUACGGCAACAGCAAGAGGCUGCGGCUGCAGCAGUGCUGGAUGAAGAGACAAGGCAGAAAGUUUUACAGCAGCAGCAGUUGAUAGAGCAGCAGCGAAUUGCAGAUGAACAGAAAUUACUGCAACAACAAGCUCUAGCACAGCAGCAGUUGAUGGAAGAAAAGAAAAAAGAAGAAGAACUCUUACGACAGCAACAGAUGGCAUUGCUGAUGAAACAAAGGGAGGAGGAAGAGAAAGUCAGACAGCAACAAGAAAUGAUUCGAGUACAAGAAGAACACAAAAGACAACUACAGACAAGACAACCAUUGUUACCAACACCAAGUACACCAGCAGGUCCGCUAUUACCAACACCACAGCCACCUUCAACAGCACAGACAGGACAACCAGUUUCAACAGCAGCAGCAGCAGCAACAACACCACCUAUGCCUUUGAUGGCAACGCCCAUACCACCUCCACAAAAUAGAGGUCCUCCACCAGUAAGUCAUCCUCCCACAAGACCUUUAUUGCCAACCCCAGACAUGCAGGAUCAUGGUCCUCCACCUCCAAGAGGGAGAGAUUCAGAACCAUCACCACCUCCAAGAGGGCCUCCUCCUCCAUCUGUCACAGAUAAUGACGAUAGUUCGAAGAGGCCAGUGAAGCUGCCCCAAGCACUGGAAAAAGUACUAGCAUUUAAAGAUGUCAGGAAAAAAGAAAUAGGAAGUUUUGAAGAUGAGGUGGUCAAAACACAAGCAGCCGAGAAGGGGCGAAGUUUUCGUGAAGUUCCAGACAUUGAAAUUGAAGACCUAGAAGCGAUAGAAGAUGAUGUCGGUACAACGAAAACAAAUGAACCAGCAAAUAAAGAAUCUAAAAACAAAAGGAGGAAAAUGAAAAAGAAGAAACGAAAGAAAGCCAAGCAGAAAGAGGAGGAAGAGAGGAAGGUAGCUGUAUCCGCUGCUGCAGCUGAUGGAGAUGAUGAUGAUGAUGACAUAGAAGUCGAGUAUAUCCAAGAGGACCUUGCAUCAGACUUCAUGGAUCCAGCAUUCAGACAUUUUCAGCAUGUCUUUGAAGCUUUCAGGCUUACAGAUGAGGUAAAACCUGAAAAAGAGGAAAAGUCAAAAAAGCAUGAAGAAAAAUUACCAAAAAAGGCAGAAACAUCUAAAGAGUAUAGUGACAGUGACAGUGAUAGUGAUGAUGAUGUUAUCAGAAAUGACGAUGACAAACCUAAGAUAUCCAAAAAGAAACUAAGAAAGCUGAACAGAUUGAGUGUUGCCGAACUGAAGCAGUUAGUUAGUAGACCCGAUGUCGUAGAAAUGCAUGAUGUCACGGCACAAGAUCCAAAGCUACUUGUUCAUUUGAAGGCAACAAGGAACACUGUGCCAGUACCUAGACAUUGGUGUUUCAAGAGGAAGUACCUACAAGGUAAAAGGGGUAUUGAAAAACCACCAUUUGAACUGCCAGAUUUCAUCAAAAGGACAGGAAUCAUGGAGAUGAGAGAGGCGUUGCAGGAGAAGAAGCAAAGACCAAUGAAAUCAAAGAUGAGAGAAAAAGUGAGGCCAAAGAUGGGCAAAAUUGAUAUUGAUUAUCAAAAAUUACACGAUGCUUUCUUCAAAUGGCAAAGCAAACCCAAGAUGACUAUUCAUGGUGAUUUAUACUAUGAAGGUAAAGAGUUUGAAACUAGGUUAAAGGAAAAGAAACCAGGGGAGUUAUCUGAUGACCUUCGAACAGCACUUGGAAUGCCAGUUGGUCCAAAUGCUCAUAAAUUCCCACCUCCGUGGUUGAUAGCAAUGCAACGUUAUGGUCCACCACCCUCCUAUCCUAAUCUGAAAGUUCCUGGUCUCAAUGCACCUAUACCAGAAACAUGUUCUUUUGGUUAUCAUGCUGGUGGCUGGGGUAAACCACCUGUUGAUGAAUCUGGUAAACCACUUUAUGGUGAUGUCUUUGGUACAAAUGCUUCCGAUUUUCAGACACCUAGUGAAGAGGAAGACAUUGACAAGACACCUUGGGGUGAGUUAGAAAGUGAAUCAGAAGAAGAAUCAGAAGAGGAAGAAUCAUCAGAAGAGGAGGAUGAAGUACCUGAUGAUACAGGUUUAAUAACACCAGCUGAGGGUGGUUUGAUCACACCUAGUGGAAUAACAUCAGUGCCAGCUGGUAUGGAAACACCAGAAAUGAUAGAACUCAGGAAAAAGAAGAUAGAAGAUGCCAUGGAGCAAGGUGGAGAGACACCACAGUUAUACACCAUACUGCCAGAGAAGAAAGCAGGUCCAGUUGGUGCCACCAUGAUGGGAUCUACAUACACUUACGAUGUCCCACCUCCUACUAAAAAACCAUUAAUGCCAGGAUCCGGUGGAGAUUUAGGUGUUGCUGUUGCUCUUGAUCCCAGUGAGCUGGAUAUGGACACAGCUGCAAUUGAAGCCAAAUACGAGGAAAAAGUUCGAGAACAACAGAAUCAGUUAGAAAAAGAGGACCUCAGUGAUAUGGUAGCAGAGCAUGCAGCUAAACAAAAAAAAAAGAGGAAACAACAGCAAAAUCAAGAAAACAAGCCAAGCAAGAAAUACAAAGAAUUCAAGUUUUAGAUUUGUCGUUCAUACUCUUGGUUAUUCUUUGCUACCAGUAUCAUAGCUGCAGAUCAUCUUAAGGGGUGAUCAGGAGAUCCAAUUGUCUAUCGCAUUUUUAAUCAAACUAAGAUUUCUUUUCUGUUUUUUAUGGAAAAUGUAUCUUAUGACAAAAUGAACUGCAGAGAAGUUAAAAAGUGGAUUUUCUUGAGAUUUGGUGGAUUCUUAUGCUUCUAUUUUUUAAAGAAUUUGUGUUUUCAGUACGUGUCAGAGUAUCUUGUAAAAACUGCUUAUUUUAAAAGCUGUAUAACUUUGAUGACUUAGUCAAUAAAU